AAUAAAAUAAUUUUCGUAAUUCAUACCUGCUUCAUUCCAUCGUUGUACUUUUAUCACAUCACUCUUGCUUUUAAUAUUUAUUGAGUUUGGUAAAUUAAAAUAGGAUUUGUAAUUGAAAUCAGAACUAAAAUUUUUUAUUAUUUUUUUCAUUUGUGAUAUUAACAAUAAUUCAACAAGUGAGUAAUUUUAACAUAAGAAAGCAAUUUAUCUACAGAAAUGGCGUUGAUCUCCGAGGUAAAAGAACUGUUCAAGCAAGUGGAAAUCAAUAAUUCCUCUAGAAAAAGUGAUGAAGAUUUUAUAAAAUAUGCGUUUGAAAAAGCAACAGCAUGCGACGAAGUUAUACCAUCAAUAACAGGUUAUUUGGAUACUAAAAAUGAAACAACUUCGGCAAUAAAAUUGCAGAUGGCUAUUAAAAUGUCUAAGGAUAAAAAAGCGCCAUUGGAAAAGAUAAUUUCAUGUUUUAAUCAAUCAGUAGCAUAUGGACUUCACAAAUCCGACAUUUUAACUAAAGCUUACAUAAACCGUCACAUGUUUCUAGUGGAUAUGUGCAUGUAUGAAGAAGCAUUGAAAGAUAUCGAAAGUGCAUUACUAAUAGCUGUUUCAGAGGAAUUACGGGUAGAUUUAAACAUAAAAAAAAUAAAAGUUUUAUUAGCUUUAAAUAACGGAGAAGAAGCUAGUUUUUUAAUGAAUGAUACUUUCAAUUUAUUAUAUAGUUCAAAAAUGAAAGAAAGCAGUCAAAUAAGAUAUGAAGUAGAGAUGGUGAAAUUGUCUCUAGAAUUAGGGUAUUGUCUUGGGUAUGCAGAGUCUCUACCCCCCGGUAAAAAACAAGAAAGUUUCUCAAAUCUACGCCCCAACCAGUUCCAACCAGUAGUUUUACAACGUGAUAAUUUCAAAUUUAUACCGAUCGAAGAUGACGUUAAAAAGUGUUCAUUCAAAUCAUCAAAAAUCUCUCUAAAUUACCUUUAUGAUUUGGGGUAUCAUUUAGUCGCUCAAGAAGAUAUUAAAGCUGGUGAACCUCUCUUGGUAGAUCCAGUAUAUGAAAAAGUAAUUAAGUUUAAAGAACGCUACCUACGCUGUUGGAAUUGUACAAAAUUUUGCUGGUCUUGUAUUCCCUGUCACAUGUGUGCUAAUGUCAUUUUUUGCUCUACACCAUGUCGAAAUGAAGCUUUUAGAAAGCACCUUAUUGAGUGCCAAAUAAUUAACGUAUUAUUGAAUCAUCGGAAUUUUUAUCACGAACAAUCCUUGUUGAGCUUAAGAUUAUUUAUUCGAGCUUUCAAUGAGCUCAAAAAUCUAGAAAGCUUAAAAUGUUAUGUAGAAACAAUAAAAACAGAAUGCAAGAGUGCAGAACUAGUGAUUGGUGGUAUUCAGUCUGACAAAUCCAUCGGAUACCGGCACUUCUAUUGUAUGAGUCGAGACCCAAUGGACAAAAAAUCUAAAGAUAAACAUUCUUUCGCUGCGGUGUAUUAUACAUAUUGCCUGGCAGCCACAACUGGAAUAUUUGGUAAAAAGAUUACGGACUGUAAAGAAUUAAUGAACCACCCGUUGGCCUUAUUUGUUGCGGAAUUACUUUUUCAUCAUGCGAUGUUAAUUGAUACACAUAUGAUCCCGUUAAGGCAACGGACUUUAUGUGAAAACGCCAGAAUCUAUGGAGGUGCUAUUAUGCCUUCAGUGAGUUUAUGUAGUAAUGACGAUCGUCCAAACUCAUACCAAUUUUUUAAUCAUAACAAAAUUGUUCUUACUUCGAUGGUGAAUAUUAAAAAAGGAGAAAUAAUACGUACAAAUUUCGGGCUAAAUUAUUUAAAAAUGUUAACGACAAAAGAACGAGAUAUUUUAUUAAAAAAACCUAAAUUUGGGAAACAAUAUGAAAGUUGUCUUCCUAAUCAGAAUUCUGGUACAAUAUAUUCACCUUGCUGGAAUCAUUUUAAAAAUCACGUUGACUAUAAUGAUAUACGAGGUUUUUUAAACGAGCUUUCAAUUUCAAACUUGGUUCGAUGGAGCUCAAACCAAUUAGAAAAAGUCCCUGAAGAAAGAAUAUUGACUAUUAUAAAAAGUUUAUUUCAAUUUAUCGGUGAACAUAAUGAAAUUGAGAUAUCUUGUAUAAGCGUAGAAGCAGUAAAGUUAUUUUUGUACCAUAUUUAUGAUUUUAUUGACAGUUAUGAAUUAUAAUCAAUUCAUGCAUCAAAAUUAUAACUGUAAAUAUUAUGACUUAGCGCAAUUGUAAAAAAAUGAGACUAUGUAUUCUUACUGUAAUUCUUAAAAUUCUUAAGAAUAUCAAUUGCAUGAAAAAUUUUUUGAAAUUGUAAAUCCUAAAAAUUGAAUGUGUGUAUAUAAAAUUUAAAUCAUUAUAUCAACGUUGCAAAUUUUUAAAUCAAACAUAAAAUUUAUUUAAAAAGCUAAUCUUAAUUUUUGUAAAAUGAAUUUUAUAAAUA